UCUCUCUCUCUCUCUCUCUCUCUCUCCACUCCCCCCUGUCGUGUACUCGAUCUUGUUCGAGCUUUGUAUUGUACAAACUUUGUGUACAACCAGAUGAUCGCCACCAUUUAUUUGCAUAAAAUGGUCAUGCAGAGCAAACCUAACUUAACUACCAAAUGCCAUUUGAAUAUUCGUGAUCACACAAGUAUAAGUCCGGCCUCCGUCCAAUGGAAGAAGAACCCAGCCCACACUGGCUUUCCCUCUUGCCCUUCCAGGCGAAAAGAUGGAGUCGCUAGCACGGUUGCUUCUGCUGGUGGCCGCGGCCGGUUGCGCCGCGGGCGCCCUGGCCACGACGCCCCACCCGGCCAAGGGCCUGCGCGUGCGCCUGACGCACGUCGACGCGCACGGCAACUACUCGCGGCUGCAGCUGCUGCAGCGGGCGGCGCGCCGGAGCCACCACCGCAUGUCGAGGCUCGUCGCGCGGGCCACCGGCGUGCCGAUGUCGAGCAAGGCCGUCGCGUCGGGCUCGGGCGGCGACCUGCAGGUGCCGGUGCACGCGGGGAACGGCGAGUUCCUGAUGGACCUGGCCAUCGGCACGCCGGCGCUGCCGUACGCGGCCAUCGUGGACACCGGGAGCGACCUGGUAUGGACGCAGUGCAAGCCGUGCGUGGAGUGCUUCAACCAGAGCACGCCGGUGUUCGACCCCUCCUCGUCCUCCACCUACGCCCCCGUGCCGUGCGCCAGCGACCUGUGCGGCGACCUGCCCACCUCCAGCUGCACGUCGGCGUCCCGGUGCGGGUACGCCUACACCUACGGCGACGCCUCGUCGACGCGCGGGGUGCUGGCCACCGAGACCUUCACGCUGGCCAAGUCCGAGCUCCCGGGCGUGGCGUUCGGCUGCGGCGACACCAACGAGGGCGACGGGUUCUCGCAGGGCGCGGGGCUCGUGGGGCUCGGGCGCGGCCCGCUCUCCCUCGUCUCCCAGCUCGGCCUCGACAAGUUCUCCUACUGCCUCACCUCCCUGGACGACACCGGCAAGAGCCCGCUGCUUCUGGGCUCCGCCGCCGGCAUCGCCGAGAGCGCGGCCACGGCGCCCGCGCAGAGCACCCCGCUGGUGAAGAACCCCAGCCAGCCGUCCUUCUACUACGUGACCCUGACGGGCCUCACCGUGGGGUCCGCCCGCAUCACGCUCCCGAGCUCGGCGUUCGCGAUCCAGGACGACGGCACGGGCGGCGUCAUCGUCGACUCCGGCACCUCCAUCACGUACCUGGAGGCGCCGGGCUACCGCGCGCUGAGGAAGGCGUUCGUGGCGCAGAUGUCCCUGCCGGUCGCCGACGGGUCCGAGGUCGGGCUGGACCUGUGCUUCCAGGCCCCCGCCGGGGGCGUGGACCAGGUGCGGGUGCCGAAGCUGGUGCUCCACUUCGACGGCGGCGCGGACCUGGACCUCCCCGCCGAGAACUACAUGGUGCUCGACUCCGCGUCCGGCGCGCUGUGCCUGACGGUGAUGCCGUCGAGGGGCCUCUCCAUCAUCGGCAACUUCCAGCAGCAGAACUUCCAGUUCGUGUACGACGUCGCCAAGGACACGCUCUCGUUCGCGCCCGUGCAGUGCGGCAAGCUGUGAGCCGCCGAGCCGCCGGGUUCGCCGCCGUACGCGCGUGCCUGUACGUGUGUGGUUGUAUUGGAUGGGCGAUUGGUUUUCGCUUGAGCUUGACGAUGGGGUGGUUAGGUUACCGGUCAGUGAAUCGAUGCCGACCUGUAGAUAACAUCAUGUUCGUGACACGCUGAUUUGUUGUCUGCUGGAACAAAGAGAAGGUGAGAUUUGAUUUAGGACGGGGACGGAGACCCAUUUCAAAUUGACUCGCGACGCCCCUGCGUUUUCAAACAGGUUUCCAGCAGCGUUUAGACGUCACGAAAGCUCUAGCAGUGUUCUCUGUAGGCUUUGGUUUCUAUUAUCUGGUUAUCACUCGCGGAGCUUUCGCGCUUUAUUUGAAAAAAAUAAAAGCUUUACCGCUUCUAAAA